CGAACAGCAAAUGUCAAAAUCGAGUUGUAUGUCACGGGAGUGGAAAAUAACAACAAGACCAGCAGACGCCCCAGACGGGCUACAUGAGCCAGACCCAGACAACAGAGUUUGAGCUUCCUUGUGUGCAUCUCUUUGCUCAUCAACGGACUCGGUGGAGUCGAACUCCAACAAUUUGGGGGCUCGUCCGGGAUGAGGAGGAUCCAGAUUGGAUCCAGAGACGAGGUCUUGCGGACGCAGACAGCCACGGGCGCCCAACAAGAGGCACGGUCCUGCACUGCACAGGCAGCCUCCGUGGGACAAGCAUGAGCAGCAGCGCACAGACCCCAGAUGCGGACUGGCCCCCAGGGACAGCGCGGAGGAGCGACCGGCUGUUUCGCUGGCGUUGGGCGAGGCGCUGGGUACCCCUGUUGUACCGUGAGGAAUUUUACGAAGUUCUGUGCCUCACUGGACCCCUGCUGAUAUCCCGGAUCCUUCAUUUCCUGCUCUCAUUUGUCAUCACAUUAUUCUGUGGCCGUCUGGGGAACACGGAGCUGGCUGGCUAUGCCCUGGCCUCAGCGACCAUAAAUGUCACUACUGCAGCGACGGGAGGAGGCCUCGCCCUGGCUUGUGACACGCUGGUGUCUCAGACUUACGGGGGGAAGAAUCUGAAGCGUGUGGGGGAGGUGCUACAGCGCAGCAUCCUGAUCCUGCUGCUCUUCUGCCUCCCGUGCUGGAGCCUGCUCAUCAACACUGAGUCCAUCCUUCUCCGCCUAUGGCAGGACCCCCAGGUGGCCCGGUACACCCAGCUGUACAUGAUCGCGUUCCUGCCUGCAGUACCGGCGUUAUUUCUCCAUCAUUUGCAGGUCUCUUACCUCCAGAAUCAGGGAAUAAUCCUGCCACAGAUGUAUACCGCCGCAGCUGCAAACGUCCUUAAUGUGGCAACAAACUACAUCCUGCUGAUCUGGCUGGACUUGGGAGUGAAGGGCUCAGCCGCGGCCAACAGCCUGUCUCAGAUCUACAUCUGCCUCCUGUUGUUCCUCUACAUCCGCUGGAAGCAGCUGCACAGGAAGACAUGGGCAGGCUGGUCCAGUGCCGCUUUGCAGGAGUGGGGUGCCUACAUGAGGCUGGCCCUCCCCAGCACACUCAUGCUCUGCUUUGAAUGGUGGCUCUACGAGAUUGGAGGAUUUCUGGCAGGCAUGCUGGGAGAGCUGGAUGUGGCAGCCCAGCACAUUGUCAUCACACUGGCGUUCGUCACCUACAUGUUCCCGCUGGGCAUCCAAGUUGCUGCCUGCGUCCGCGUGGGGAAUUCCCUGGGCGCCGGUGAUACCGCGAGGGCCAUCGCCACCAGCAAAGUGUCCCUGAUCCUGGCCGGUAUCUUCGCAGUGUUUGAGGGAAUCAUCCUGGGCUCAUCAAAAUCAGUGAUCGGCUUCAUGUUUACUGCAGACAAGGUCAUUGUGGAGCUGGUCUCUCAGAUUUUAAGUGUCUACAUCGUCCUACAGUUUUUCGAUGGCCUUGUGUGUGUUAGUUUAGGUAUCAUCCUGGGGGCUGGGAAGCAGAAAAUAGCAGCAGGGGCCAAUCUCAUUGCCUACUACUGCGUCGGCCUGCCACUGGGCGUCUCCCUCAUGUUCAAGGCUGGCCUCCGAGUGCCUGGCCUGUGGCUGGGGCUGCUCAUCUGUGUCAUCCUGCUGUCCAGUUUUUUUAUCUUUAUUCUCAUCUUCAAGUUCAACUGGGUGAAAAUCACAGAGGAGGCCAAGGUGCGUGCUGGGAAAAAUGCUGGAAACAGGAGCAUGGACAGGAGGCUGGCUGACGGCGUAAUCCAGGAGAGCUGUACUAUCCCUGAAGACAGCCAAACGACAGUGUCUGCGACACCAGCAAGCCACACCAACGGAUAUAUCGCUGUGAGGAACCAGGAGCAGGGCGUGGCGGGGGCGGGGCCAGAGGAUGGGGGCCCUGUGGUCCUCCUCUCUGUCUCUCAGCUGCUUCUCCGCAGGGGUUUCACUGUGCUGGCUGCGUUCCUGAUACUCGCUGCUGGGCUGACCGUCCAUCUCACGGUGCCAGCCCCGCUGCUCACCCUGGAGAGCAAUCUCACCCUGGCAGUGGAUAACACCUCCGCCGCCACCGUGCUACUGAGCCCCACAAUGUUUACGUAGAGCAGGAGUUACUGCCGGCACCCUCUGGUGGACAGAGUUCAUAGCGCAUGCACACACUUCAUCGAAGCAUAACUUUACGACAGUCUAGGAAUUCAUGUCAUUAAAUUGAAUGACUCAGAGACGUGUCAGUUUUAAAUUUGAAGUGCGCUUUAUUUAAUCCUUCUACACUUUGUCUAAUUGCUGUAUUGUUGUUAAUUGCAUAAUUAUUACUGCCAAAAGAUACCAUGGCUUUCUGUCUGUUAAAAUCCAUUGGACCGUCAUUAUACCUCAUACAGUUGUUUUUCCUGAUUUGAAACAAUGUGUUUUUGUAUAAUUGAAGCAUUUGUCGUGUCAGGUGCCGUUUGAUUAUAACUUGGCUCAUCUUAAUUGUAGGGUAUCGUCCGUUCCCAAGGAGGCCUUCCUAUUCCCUGCAUGUGAUUUCAUCUCUGCUUGGUUUGUUAUGUGCAAAACACAGGAAAACUGAGGCAAACGGCCAUUGAACUUCCAAACGCUGCCUCUGGCUUUUCCCUCAUUAAUAUUCUCUGAGAGGGUAAACCCUCCCACUGGAUUUUUACCUCAGAUUUCCAGUAGAUCAUGAAUAAGAGCCAAAGGCAUGUAAUUAUCACACAUGUCGUCCAGGCUGGGCAGUCACAUGAUCAUUCUGUUACAAGGAACAGGUCAUUAAAAACUCACCGGCUGAACUGA